AUGAAAAGAAAAUCAUGCUUCUUUAUUUCAGCAUGUGUUGGUGUUUACAUAUCUACUACCAGUCGAGGAUACACGAGCGCAGAGACUGGUCAACCUUUCUUCGACUGCUUCAGAAGUGCUCCUGAUUUGCAAGCCAAGGUGGGAGUAGACAGAUACGUCUAUACAUACAAUAGCAUAGUUAACCCUGCUAAUGGAUUGCCUCCACUCCCUACCUUCUACAGGGCUGGUAAUCCAUCAACUGAAGUCUACCGAAUAAACCUUCACACAAGUUAUCACAGAUCGUAUGGUGUCUUCUACUGCUCUGCGGCGCUUGAUGGAGAAUACUCCGCUGUUCCAACAAUCUUCCUGAGAUCCGAUGCUAAAUUUGUACCUCGCAGGGGCAGGUUUACCAAGACAGUCAACAGAGGUGACGUGGAUGUGACUGUUGAGUUUACUGAGGUCACUCCGAGUGACACCAGCAAAGAAUGGAGGUUUAAUGGUACCACCAUCGCAAUGGAUACCAUUUCUUAUAAUAUAAACCCUCGAAUGCGAAAGCGGCCAGUGUAUACAAUCAAAGGAAAAGUGAAUACGUCACAUUCAGGGGUUUACGAGAUUCAUGUACCGGGUCAAAGAUCACAAGCAAGGGCUGGACUACAAAGACUAAUUGUUAGAGCAUGCCCAGCUGGGCGCUAUAAUGAAUCGAGUGGUUGCACCCAGUUCUGCUCAUCAUGUUAUAAUGGAGGAAUAUGCCACGAUCAAACCGGGGAAUGUAUCUGUCCUCCAGGAUUUCAGGGCUAUUCAUGUGAAAUAGCAUGCGGUGGAAAUCGCUUUGGUCGUAACUGCGAGUACCGAUGUGACUACGAUGUAUCAGAUGAUAAGAAGGCAUGUAGUGGUCUUCAGGUUUGUGUACCUGAUCCCUAUGGCUGUUCAUGUACACCAGGAUAUAAAGGAUUAAACUGUACUACAGAAUGUGAUACAGGAGAGUUCGGAGCUAGUUGUAGUGAGACAUGUCACUGCGUUUCAGGAGAAUGUGAUCGGUUUACGGGGGUUUGUACUGGAAGCUCUUCUAAUUGCCUCUCAUCAUGGACAGGGACAAACUGCCAAGGUCAACAAGGUGCCCCGCCUCCAUCAGAAAUAGAAGCUGAAAGCGUCUCUUCAGUUAUAAUCGUGACAUGGAAUGCAUCUCAUCCACUGCAUCUUAACGGCCAUAUAACGGGAUACACUAUUGACUACAAGAAGAUAUCACCCAUCCAUGAAGGUGCUCAUUCCAAGGUUAUUAAAACAGCCCAGACCACCAACAUCAUGUAUGUGAUAGAUGGAGUCAAAGAAGGAGAGGAAUACGAGAUACAGGCUUCAUCCUGA